GUCCCCGGGUCCUGAGCUCUGAGACGAGUUGCAAACAUGUCCCGGAUCGAAAAGAUGAGCAUCUUGGGCGUGCGCAGCUUUGGGAUAGAGGAUAAGGACAAGCAGAUUAUCACCUUCUUCAGUCCCCUCACAAUUCUGGUUGGACCCAAUGGGGCAGGGAAGACGACCAUCAUUGAGUGUCUGAAGUACAUCUGUACUGGUGAUUUCCCUCCUGGAACCAAAGGAAAUACAUUUGUCCACGAUCCCAAGGUUGCUCAGGAAACAGAUGUGAGAGCCCAGAUUCGCCUGCAAUUUCGUGAUGUCAAUGGAGAAUUUGUGGCUGUGCAGAGAUCAAUGGUGUGCAGUCAGAAAAGCAAGAAAACAGAGUUUAAAACCCUGGAAGGCGUCAUUACCAGAACGAAGCAUGGUGAAAAGGUCAGCCUCAGCUCUAAAUGUGCAGAAAUCGACCGAGAAAUGAUAAGUUGUCUUGGGGUUUCGAAGUCUGUGCUAAAUAAUGUCAUAUUCUGUCACCAAGAAGAUUCUAAUUGGCCUCUAAGUGAAGGCAAAGCCCUGAAGCAGAAGUUUGAUGAGAUCUUCUCAGCAACAAGGUACAUUAAAGCCUUAGAUACACUUCGUCAGGUACGUCAGACACAAGGCCAGAAAGUGAAAGAAUGCCAAACAGAAUUGAAAUAUCUGAAGCAAAAUAAGGAAAAAGCUUGUGAGAUUCGUGAUCAGAUUACCAAUAAGGAAGCACAGUUAAUGUCUUCAAAGGAGAUCGUCAAGUCUUACGAGAACGAUCUAGAGCCAUUGAAGAAUCGCCUAAAAGAAAUUGAACACAAUCUGUCUAAAAUAAUGAGACUCGACAAUGAAAUCAAAGCCUUGGAUAGCCGGAAGAAGCAAAUGGAGAAAGAUAACAGCGAGCUCGAGCAGAAGGUGGAAAAGGUUUUUCAAGGGACAGAUGAGCAACUGAAUGAUUUGUAUCACAACCACCAGCGGACAGUAAGAGAGAAAGAAAGGCGAUUGGUAGACUGUCAGCGAGAACUAGAAAAGUUGAAUAAGGAGUCUCGGCUUCUCAAUCAGGAGAAGUCAGAGCUGCUUGUUGAACAAGGUCGCCUACAGCUGCAGGCAGAUGGCCAUCAGGAACAUGUCCGGGCCAGAGAUUCGCUCAUUCAGUCCUUGGCAGCACAGCUGGAAUUGGAUGGCUUCGAGCGUGGACCAUUCAGUGAAAGACAGAUUAAAAACUUUCACAGACUUGUGAGGGAGAGACAAGAGAGAGAAACGGAAAGUGCCAACAAGCUGCUGAUUGACUUCACAGAAAAAGAAACCUUGAAGCAAAGACAAAUAGAUGAGAUAAGGGAUAAGAAGACAGGACUGGGAAGAAUAAUUGAGCUGAAAACAGAAAUCCUAAGGAGGAAGCAGACUGAGCUGAAGAAUGUGAAGUUGGAAUUGCAGCAGCUGGAAGGUUCGUCAGACAGAAUCCUCGAGCUGGACCAGGAGCUCACAAAAGCUGAACGUGAGCUAAGCAAGGCUGAGAAAAACAGCAAUGUAGAAACUCUAAAAGCAGAAGUAAUGAGCCUCCAAAAUGAGAAGACCGACCUAGACAGGACCUUACGGAAGCUGGACCAGGAGAUGGAGCAGUUAAACCAUCACACAACAACCCGCACGCAGAUGGAGAUGCUAACCAAAGACAAAGCUGACAAAGAUGAACAAAUCAGAAAAAUAAAGUCUAGGCACAGUGAGGAACUAACCUCAUUGUUGGGGUAUUUUCCUAACAAAAACCAGCUUGAAGACUGGCUUCACUCUAAAGCAAAAGAAAUUAAUCAGACCAGGGACAAGCUUGCCAAAUUGAACAAAGAACUAGCUUCUGCAGAGCAAAAUAAAAAUCAUAUAAAUAAUGAGCUAAAGAAAAAGGAAGAACAGUUGUCCAGUUAUGAAGAAAAGCUAUUUGAUGUUUGUGGUAGCCAGGACUUUGAAAGUGAUUUAGAUAGACUUAAAGAAGAAAUUGAAAAAUCCUCAAAACAGCGCGCCAUGCUGGCUGGAGCCACAGCGGUUUAUUCCCAGUUCAUUACUCAGCUAACAGAUGAAAACCAGUCCUGCUGCCCAGUCUGUCAGAGAGUUUUCCAGACAGAGGCUGAAUUACAGGAAGUCAUCAGUGACUUGCAGUCCAAGCUGCGGCUUGCUCCAGAUAAACUCAAGUCAACAGAAUCAGAACUAAAGAAGAAAGAAAAGCGCCGUGACGAGAUGCUGGGGCUUGUGCCCUUGAGGCAAAGCAUAAUUGAUUUGAAGGAAAAGGAGAUACCAGAGUUAAGAAACAAACUGCAGAGCGUCAAUAGAGACAUCCAGCGCCUGAAGAAUGACAUAGAAGAACAGGAAACACUCUUGGGUACAAUAAUGCCUGAAGAAGAAAGUGCAAAAAUGUGUCUGACAGAUGUCACAAUCAUGGAGAGGUUCCAGAUGGAGCUUAAAGAUGUUGAGAGAAAAAUUGCACAACAAGCAGCUAAGCUACAAGGAAUAGACUUGGAUCGAACUGUCCAACAAGUUAACCAGGAAAAACAAGAAAAGCAGCACAAACUGGAUACAGUUUCCAGUAAGAUUGAAUUGAAUCGUAAGCUCAUACAGGACCAGCAGGAACAAAUUCAAUACCUAAAAAGUACCACAAAUGAACUGAAGUCAGAGAAACUGCAGAUAUCCACUAAUUUGCAGCGUCGUCAGCAACUGGAGGAGCAGACAGUGGAGUUAUCCACUGACGUUCAGUCUUUAUGCAGAGAGAUAAAGGACGCAAAGGAGCAGAUACACCCCUUGGAAACAACAUUGGAAAAGUUCCAGCAGGAAAAAGAAGAACUAGUCAACAGGAAGCAUGCAAGUGACAGACAAGCCCAGGACAAAAUCAAUGAUAUCAAAGAGAAGAUUAAAAACAUUCAUGGUUACAUGAGAGACAUUGAGAGCUAUAUUCAAGAUGGAAAAGACGACUAUAAGAAGCAAAAGGAAACUGAACUUAAUGGAGUCAUAGCUCAGCUUAAUGAAUGUGACAAGAACAAAGAAAGGAUAAGUAAAGAAAUGGGAGUCAUGAGACAAGACAUUGACACCCAGAAGGUACAGGAGAGAUGGCUGCAGGACAACCUUACUUUAAGAAAAAGAAAAGAGGAACUGAAGGAAGUUGAAGAAGAAAGAAAACAACAUUUGAAGGAAAUGGGACAGAUGCAGGUUUUACAAAUGAAAAAUGAGCGUCAGAAGCUGGAAGAGGACAUAGACAAUAUCAAAAGAAAUCUCAGCGUGGCUCUAGGGCGACAGAAAGGUUAUGAAGAAGAAAUUAUUCAUUUUAAGAAAGAACUUCGAGAACCUCAGUUUCGGGAUGCUGAGGAAAAGCACAGAGAGAUGAUGAUUGUUAUGAGGACAACGGAGCUGGUGAACAAGGACCUGGACAUCUACUACAAGACUCUAGACCAAGCAAUAAUGAAGUUUCACAGUAUGAAAAUGGAAGAAAUCAAUAAGGUUAUUCGUGAUCUGUGGCGAAGUACCUAUCGUGGACAAGAUAUUGAAUACAUCGAAAUUCGGUCAGAUGCUGACGAAAAUGUAUCAGCUUCUGAUAAAAGGCGGAAUUAUAACUACCGAGUGGUGAUGCUGAAGGGAGACACAGCUUUGGACAUGCGAGGACGGUGCAGCGCCGGACAAAAGGUGUUGGCUUCUCUCAUCAUCCGCCUGGCACUGGCUGAAACCUUCUGCCUGAACUGUGGCAUCCUUGCCUUGGAUGAGCCCACAACAAAUCUUGACCGUGAAAACAUUGAAUCUCUCGCACAUGCUCUGGUUGAGAUAAUAAAAAGUCGCUCACAGCAGCGUAACUUCCAGCUUCUGAUAAUCACUCACGAUGAAGAUUUUGUGGAGCUCUUAGGACGGUCUGAGUACGUGGAGAAAUUCUACAGGAUCAAGAAGAACAUUGACCAAUGCUCAGAGAUCGUGAAGUGCAGCAUUAACUCUCUGGGCUCUUACGUUCACUGACCAUUUGUUCAUCCCCAAGGCUUUGCCCGAGGCAGCAGAAACAAGUGGUGCUGUGAGCACCUCAGAUUUGUUUUACUUUGGUUUUGGAAUUUUGGGUUGCUGUGUCAAAAACCUUUACUGUUACCCAGUUUGGGGGUGACCCAUAUUCUGGGGUGGUGGGCCAGUUUAAGAAGCUGAGUUCUAGACUACCUUUCUCAGCCAAGGUCCAGAAGAGUAUUAUGCCUUAAGGUCCCAGGUGUCUGCUCAGCCAACAGUGGCCUGAUACCCAGGUCAUCCUUCCUAGAACUGAGCUGCCUUACAUGGUUUGUAAGGGAUGCCUUCAAAGGGUCUUUGCAGGCAUGAUGAAAGUUAAAAACCCUGACUUGGGUACACUGUCUUGGAGGGUCCCAGGAGUAAUUAUGAGUGUCCUAAUAAAAGUGGCAGGAGGCAGGUAGAUGUGGGAAGGCGGCUGUGGGUGCAGGCUGGGCCAGUGCAUUUGGAAUAGGAAGGGCUCCUAGCCAAGGACUGAGGCAGCCACUAGAAGCCAAAAUGGGCAAAGAAAUAGAUUCUCCCUCAGAGCCUGCAGAACAAGCUAGUCCUGCUGACACUUUGACUUUAGAUCAGUGGGACUGAUUUUGGACUUCUGACCUGGAGAACUGUUGGAAAAUAAAUGUGUUCUUUAAGUAA